AUGGCCAAGGAUCAUGUCAAGGAAGAGAACUAUGUAGAGAAUGAUCAGCUUGAAGAAGAAGAGGUUGAAUACAAGCAGGAGUUUAGCCAGGACAAGGACAGUUCUGAUCCAGAUCCUACCACUUCUGAUGAGCCCAAUGACUUCACAGCAUAG